UGGGGUGGGGGAAGGAGAGGGGAGAGACUGAGCAGCAGGAUUCAUAGGGUUUGCCUGUGGGGAGAGAUGGUGCGUGCUUCCAUUUCGGGGUGUGGAUGAAUAGAUGGUGUGGUUGGACGCAAGCAAAGAGCGGUUACCGGCUAUGGGGUUCAAUGUGGUCUGACUCUGGUGAACUCUUCUUAGGUCGUGCAGGGGUCAGAGCAAUGCCCCGACACUGCUCGGCUGAGGGCUGCACAUCACGGGACACCAAGGAUUCAAGAAUUAAUGGAGUCACAUUUCACAGGUUGCCCAAGAAGGGAAGACAUCAGCGUGAGAUCUGGUUGCUGAAUUGUUGCCGCAAGAACCCAGAUGGGACAGUUCCCUGGGAUCCACCGUCGCAGUUCAUCUAUUUCUGUUCAAAACAUUUUGAGAAACACUGUUUUGAGCUUGUGGGGCUGAGUCGUUAUCACCGCCUGCGAGAUGAUGCUGUCCCCACAUUAUUUCAGCCGUGUCCUCAGGCAAAGGUGGCGCUGAGUGGGGGACACAAUGAAAAAUCAUUGUCUGUACGCACCAAUGAAUGCUUCACUGAUGGCAGCGCCUGUUUACCUGCUCCUGAUCUCAGGAACGCUGACACUAGCUCAGAGAUGGGCUUCAGCAUUUCUCAAGAUGGUUCUUCCUUUGUUCUGGGUUAUUCUGAUCCCCAAGAGAGAGUGAGUGAAAGUCUCUGCUUGUAUGAAACAUCAUCUCCUGAUAUACCACUCUCCAUAAACCAGCCUGAGCCAGAAGCCACAACUCCUGCUGUCAUUUAUCUCAUUGAAGUGAAUUCACAAUCUGUGGAGUUGGAGGCAGCUGGAAAUACAGAGGAAGCCUCCAAGGACAUCUCGUUGCCUCAGUCUGUCCUCCUGAAUGAACAAUCAUCUGACUGUCAAGUGGAGCUGGAUGAUGACAGGGACCCUGUCCCCAUUGCGUUGUAUAUGGCUCGCAUUCCCAAUCCUCCACCUAAACCUGGGGCCUAUAUUCCUGUUGAGCACAGUUACACUGUAGGCUGCCCACUGGUUUGGAAGAUGAAGGCAGAGGCUCUGAAGGAGGCCUUUGAGAAGGUCACCAAGGAGCUCCGGGCCAGCAGGAAGCGGGAGAGUCGUCUGCGGGCACGUAUCACAUCCAUCUUGAGACCACAACAUCAAGUGCUUCGAGAUGGAUGUGCUGAAUUGGACUUAACUGAGGACUACCAGCCACAGUUUGAAGUGUUUGAGGUGCAAGUGGUGGAUGAGGCUGUGGAUCUGUAGCUACAGUUUGACUCACUCACUUAUUUAACCAGUGCUGUUGAUUCUUUGCUAAACAAACCAGCAGUAAAAUUUGUGGAGAACAGUGAUGUGUUGAGGAGAGGAGCGGAAAAUGUGCGAUAGGAGAGUGGCUGGGGAGAGGAUGUGGGAUGUGGGAGAUGAAGCAAUGUGGCUGGAGGGAGGUGGAGUGGGGAGUUUUGUUAUGGUGAAUGCAGGAGAUUUUCUAAGCUCCCUCUGACUUGUGUGGAGUGACAGAAAUCACACCACAAAGUUUGAAUUAUGAAGAGUUAACUAAUCUGUCGCUAGGUUUUGCGGUGUGAGAGAUGAUGUGAACUCUUGAACAUUUUACUGUUUAACAUAAAAGUAAAUGUUCUCACUGUGAUCUUAAUGAUUGAGAACAUUGGCUGUUGUACAAAA